AUGUCAUCCACACUCAUCGUUGGUGGUGUUGGUUUGGUAGCUAUUGGAUUAGCUGGACGUAUGAUGCUGCGAAAUCGUGCGGCAUUUCUGAAAAUGGCGAAAACAUUGCCGGUUGCAAAUAAUAUGUCAAAAUAUUAUCGUGGUGGUUUCGAGCCCGUUAUGACACGACGUGAAGCAGCGCUAGUCCUUGGUGUAUCAUCCAAUGCUCCAGCAUCGAAAGUGAAGGAAGCACAUAAACGUAUAAUGAUUGCCAAUCAUCCUGAUCGUGGUGGUUCACCUUAUUUGGCUGCAAAAAUUAACGAAGCAAAGGAUAAAUUGGAAUCAACAAGAUACGACUAA